GGAGCAUCAGCCAGUCCGGAAUGGACCGAGUGUGAAAGACAAACUGAGAGGAGCCUGUGCCAAACGGCGAGGGGUGCAUGGCUUGCAUGCAGAGAGCGUGGCAAAGGGCCGCAGAGGACUGAAAAGGAAACCUGUCUAUUCCUGUGGCCUGAGCCUCUUGCAGGGAGGGAAGCAGCUGUCUUGGUGUGCAGAGCCUAAAACAGUCGUUCAGGUCAGCUGCCUGCAUUGCAACAGUCAAAACUGUUCCCAGAUGUCAGCUAUCAACUCAGGUGUCCCUAGCAGGCCUGAUGGAACAAAGACAGAAUCUAGAAGGGACACAGUGGAGACUACAAACAUCACUCCAGGUUCAGAGCAUGAGGAAUCCUUUGGAAACAUCCCUUUUCCUGAAAACCAGAGAUACUUGCCAGGGGAGUUUAAUUCCAGUGAAGAGAUCUCCCUUAUUCCUUCUGCCCAGGUAGCAGGGAAAGCUGAAACUGAGCUCCCUCAGUCUAUCAUCACUGGCAUCACCAACUCCUCUUUCCAGCCAGGGAAGGUACCCCUCUGUCACACCUACUAUACUAAUGGCUGUGGGGUUCCCCAGGCUUCUGUGAGGCAGCAGCCACAAGUCUCAAAGAAACAGCGCGUUGGCUCCACCACCUCUGUCUGCACCAACAGCAGUAAGAAGAGCUGCAAAUCUACAGCUUCCCAGAUCCAAGAGGUGGCUGGGGAUGACUGCUGCGCACACUGUGCCCUCGCCUGCCUCUUCUGUGAGUUUAUGUCCCUGUGCUCACUUGCCCUGGACUGUGGGGGCUGUCUGGAGGCAUGCUGCAGUGGGGAAGGAGGGGAAUCUCUUGCUGAGACCUGCUGUGGGGAAGCAGGUGGGGGGAAUUGCCCCUGUGGGUUAGGCUGUGGGAUGCUGCAGGAUUGCUGUGGGUCCUCUGACUGUCUCGAAAUCUGCCUUGAGUGUUGUUCUAUCUGCUUCCCAGCCUGAAUUCAUCCUCCAUGGUUCCAGACUGCAUUGGGAUGUGUGUAUGUCCCUUUAAGAAACCCCUCCCAAGUGAUAAAGCAUGGCAGUGGAUUAUUCUGGGCCUCUCUUCUUACCAUGGCCCUAAAUACUGUGACAUCAUCAGGCAAUUUGCUUCCUUUUCUAUUAAUAUCCCCAUAACAGCCAAAAUACAUUGUUUGUACACACACAGCUGGGCGCUGUUGGUUGUAUUUGAUGGGGUUAGGCCUGUUUAGUACUCCUUCAACUGUGUGAUGUCACACCCAGGCAGGGUGAUGAUGUCAUCAAAAAGGCUAGCUGCAUUCACAAUGAAGACGUAUUAAAUUUCAAUCACAUCAUGAAGUCUUGACAGAUCAGGCCUUUUCUGCUGCUCUAUAUAAUGUCAGAGAAAGAUCUGUGCUGUGCGUUUUUGACAGAUAUUCCUAUACAGCUACAGAUGGAACCUUUCUUCUUUUUUUUAACUGUGAUGAAAGAACCAGAGAUGCUGUGAUGUCUCUGGAUGGGCUGAAGCUGAAGAGCCAACUCUAUAUCCUAUUAUGUGACUUAGGGUGCUUCCAGAAAACCCGUUUAUUGAGGAUUCAUUCUGAUUUGUUUGCAGGGAAGUUAGAUGAUGGUGCAUCAAACCAAGUGUUAUUCCACACUUUCCAGUGUAUUUCCCAUCACUUUCUUUAUUGCAAAAAGUCUGAUAUUUAGGGGUAGCGGGUUUGUUGCGUGAGACCCCCCCCCCUCCAUCAACUAUAACUGCACAGCCUGAAUUUGCAUCCCACCUGAAAAUAAUAAGAGUCUGGAAGUGCUGGUGUGUCUUUGAUUUAGACUUUAAGCGGACUCCAGUUGUUAAUCCCGUAGACUCCAGGAUGGUAUUUCUUUGUGCCUGGAAAUAUAUUAUUGCAUUGAUUAGAAUGACUGACUGCAAAAUAAAUU